ACAGACACGGCAGCGGCUGGCCGACACGUUAAGCCAACACAAAAAAAAAACACACACACACUGUGACACAGGACGACACACGCACACAGUCAAACGCGCACCAACACUGACUCAGACAAAAUCCAUUCGUAUAUAAUUGAAGCGCCAAGUGCCAGUGUCCUAGAAAUGAAACAUACUCCCCGAAAUCAAAUCGAAGUGGAUAAUGGAAAAUUAUUUGAAGAGAAAGUUGAUAAGGAAGCGCCAGUAGAAGAAAAGUGCAAGUGAAAAGUUACUAUAAGAAGCAGCAAAAUCAAACAACCACUCACGCACACACACACAUACACACGCGGACAUACACACAAAGGAAACGUCAUAUGCCAGAGGCAUUGACAGGAGCCACAUCCAGAGCCAUAGCCAAAGCAACGGAGCCACACUGCUGGAAAAGCAUUUUGUGUAUCCUAUUUUGUGGGCUCGAACUCGAACCAGGCAAGCCAAGGCAAAGGCAAAGGCAAGGCAAGCGUGCGUCCGUGUCCGUGUCCAUGCCCGUGUCCUUUGCAAUAGCAGCCAGCAGCCAGCAGCCAACAGCAACAGAAACAGCAGCAACAAACAAUAGCAAUUACAUCGUGUAGUAGUUGCUAUAAUGAUAGAUUUCAAAAAUAAAUUGAGCAAAUUAACGUAUAAAACGUGCCCCGCUUCGAAAUUCUAAAAAUACAUACUGGCACAGCGCUACGCCAACUUGUCGAACCCAAAGGAGCAGUGGAAGUUGAUUCAAGGGUCCAAGUGCCGCAACCGACUUUAAAUUAUGCAUGCACAUUGAUUUUCUGACUGCGACGUUGUUGUUCCCGUUCCCAUCGUAUCCUUCGAAGUCGUCGUCGUCGUCGUCAUUACCGUCGUUGUCGUCGUCGUCGUCGUCGUCGUUAUAUCCUCAUCAUCUUUAUCAUCAGCCUAUAUAGGCAAUCUGGUCUGUUGUCGCAUGUUAUCGUCGGAACUGGUGUCGUCGACGGCUUUGUUGAAUGCGAGUUAUCAGCGCAACAACGGCCCAACAAAAGAUGAAGUUUUACUGUCAACAACACUUGAAGAGUGCUACACAUCAACAACAGCAGCAGCAGCAGCAGCCACAGGAGCAGCAGCAGCAACAGCAACAAUGACCAAACAAUUGACAACCACCACAGCAACCAAUGGGGCAUCGAGCAUAACCCAAACGGGAGACUUGGCGCCCACAGUUAUAUCACCAACAGCCUCCACAACAACAAUCGAAACAACAGGAGCAGCGGCAGGACCUGGACCUGCAGCUGGCACACCUUCAACCCUGACAGCUGAGGCAACAAAGAGUUUGACGCAAGCAGCAGCAGCAGCAGCAGCAGCAACAUCGUCAGGAACAUCGUUAAGUAACGAUGCCAGCGGUCGUUCGGCAGCUCUGGAGCGUGCCUACGUCCAUGAUGUGUACGAGCACUGCGAGGAGCCCACGGGCCCAGUGCGGCCACGUAUGGCGCACUUUCUGAGCAACCUGGAACCGGGCUCUGUGGUGUGCGACGUGGGCUGUGGCAGCGGACGCUACCUCACACAAUGCAAUCCGGCAAUUUGCACAAUUGGCGUGGAGCGGUGUUACCGUCUGAGCAAAGUGGCCCACGAGAAGGGCGGUGAGGUGGCGCUGUGCGACAAUCUGGAGCUGCCGUUCCGCGAUGACAGCUUCGAUGCGGUGCUUUCGCUGGCCGUGGUGCAUCACUUUGCCACGACCGAGCGACGCGUUCAGGCCCUGAGGGAGCUGGCCAGAAUACUGAGAAUUGGCGGCCGUGUCGUCAUAACUGUGUGGGCACUGGAGCAGCGUCAUCGCCGCUUUGAGUCGCAGGAUGUCCUCAUACCCUGGCAGCCGCCCAAGAAUCGCAAUUAUUCAUAUUCUGAUGAAGAGGACGAUGACAAUUGUCAGCCGCCCUACCACGCCUACACGGAGGACUCAACGAACUCCAGUCGCUCGGCAGGAGACGGCGACAGCUCCAGUCUCAGUUCAUCGUCGCCCGGCGAGUCCUGCUACAGUUUUGUGCGACGGGCCAUUCAGAAAUUGGCCCGUGGACGUCGUCAUGCCUGGUUCAUGGACUCGUGGUCCUCCAAGGACACCAAAAACGACAGCAGCCUGGACUAUGAGGAUGCCAAGGAUCUGCCCAUCGAGCUGCGUCGCCUGGAGGACUUUGAAGACUUUCCGCCAGAUCCACCACUGUCCGCCGGCCUCAAGUCCCGCAGCCUGGGCAGCAUUCUACAGCCGCCGCCACGGCAGAUCGUUCGCUCCCGCUCGAGUGUGCCCAGCCUGGGGGGUCCCCUGAUUCCGGGCGAGACAAAGGCCAGUGCGGCGGCUCUGCUGCUCAAUGCACCCGAGGGACAGCAGACAAAUGGCCGCCACUCGCCGCCCACCACCGCGAGUGCGGGCAACACGCUCAGCCGCCGGCCCAAGCUCAUCAAACAGAAGCAGUCGCUGUGCGAGGAUGAUGGCCUGGCCGAUGCAGCUACGCCGCCCACCUCCGAGGCGUUCCACAUGAUGAGCAGCUACAACAGCUCAAACGGGGGAGUGAGCAGCAGCUUGUACACGCGCAGCGGCUGCUAUGCCUCCAAUUUCCAUCAGCAUGCCUCAUCGGUGGCCUCACCACCGGCAACGUCCAAAGGAACGGGAGUGGGAGUGGGAGUGGUACCAGGACCAGGAGGCACUGCCUCUGGCCUGCCCAGCUUUCUGCGCAAGCAGAGCUCUCUCAACGAGGAGCUGAUGGCCUGCAAUCGGCUGCGGGAGAAGGAACGGGUGCGAAAGCGGAUACAGAAGCAGACGUCGCUGAACGAGGCCUUCCUCUGUCGCUCGGCCAUGUUCUCCAAGCGGCUGCAGGUGAUCCGCGAGGGCUUCACCACCAAGAUCAAGAGCUCGACGGGCAGUCUGGAGCGUGUGACCAAGACGGGCAUCAGCAAGCUGAUCCAGAACAUCAAGAGUGCGCCCCAGACGCCAUCAAAUCCUGUACAGACGCCAGCUGCGGCGGAUAAGGCUGCCACGAACAACAAUAACAAGCAGGCGGCCACAGUGUCGCCGGCACCACAGCACCACCAUCACCAUCAUCACCACCAUCUGCAGCAUCACCUGACGCACCUGAUACUGUCCAGCACGGCCACCUCGCCCGCGCCCGCACCCGCACCCGCAGCCACGACCGCGGCCGGUCCCGUGACGUACUGCAGCAGCGUGGACUGCAGCCUGGGGAACAGCUGCCACUGCAGCCAGUACCAGCAGGAGUGCUUCGCCUGUGCGGACAGCGAGCAGGCCAAGGCCAGGCGGCACUCGCGCGAGUCCGGCUCGGACUCCUCCAAGGACAGCAGCCUGCAGUCGGACACGAGCAUCGAGUCCGAGGACAGCUUCGCCUCGGUCAUCUUCAUACCCAAGCCGGAGCAGCAUCAGCAGCAGCUGAACUACCAGCAGCAGCACCAGAACUCCAACUCCAGCUCGAGUAAUUCCUCCUCCAGCAAUGGCCAGGCGGUGAAUGCGCCUGCUGGGGCCACCGCUGGAGCAGCUAACCACCCACAACAGGGUACCAAUCCCAACUUCCGACUGCCGCCCACACACUCUGUGCCAACCUCUCCGCUGAUAAUGCCCUGCCCUCCGACUCCGGCGCACUCCCCUGCCGCCAUACAGGGCACGGUGACGUCGCCGCCACAGUCCACGACCGCUGUGUCGGCGGCCAUGGCCAUACUGACGCCACCCACGAAGCCGGCACGCUUCAGCUUCGACGAGGCUCACAUCAAGCAGCAGAAGGAGCAACAGGCACAGCCCCAGACACAGCCCCAGACACAGACCCAGCUGCAGCCACAGCCCCACACACCGGUCCACAAAAUCACGCGUCAGACAAUCAGGGACUUGCCGCCGAUACCCAAGUUCCGGAAGCAGCAAUCCCUGCAAUUGCAGCGCCAGAAUUUUCCGAUUGUGAGGCGUGCCUCGGGUUCGGGUGUGUCCACAUCGGCCUCUGCCCACUCGCUGGCGAGCAGGCUGCUCUCUCUGGAACUGUUCAAUCCGGCCACCGACGACCUGGACAGCGACUCCAGUGAACCCUCCUCGCCCGACUCCAUUGACAGUGUCAUCAGUGCUCCGCGCUCGGCAAAGAUCCCAACUGGCAGUGGCGGCGAGGGCGAGGGCGGCGACGCCUCCACAUCCGCGUCCCAGGACGAGGGAGAGGCCAGCCUGGCGCAGAUGAUCAGUCUGCAGCAGGAGCAGUACCACAAGGGCGAGCUGCAGAUCAAUAAUGCCGUGCCCCAUGCCAACGAUGACAUCAUCCUCAAUGCGGACAGUGCCCCGCUGCUGCCGGAGAAACGGGAGUCGGGCCAGACGCAGGACUGUGCCGAGUUUGCCGAGCAGUUGACGGCCCAGCUGCAGCGGGAGCUGGAGGACAAGAGCAGCCGUGCGGAGUGCCGGUCCCUGGAUGGUAUCGGAGAUCUCUCCGAGUACCUGGGCGGCGCCAAGAAGCGCUCGAAUGGCGAACUGAGCGCCUUCAGGGAUGAGCUGCGAGAGCGUCGCUUGAUGCUGGUCAAUCUUUCCACGCAGCCGAGUCUGCAGCAGUCACCAAUUUCCUCUAGCACCUCCUCGCUGUCCUCGCAGACUCGCAGCUUCACCAUCCAAGAGGAGGAUGGCGAAGAGGAGGAGGAGGAGGAGGAGAAUGAGUCCAGCUACUCGCUGGGCAUCUACGAGCACUGCAAGAUCUCCAAGUUCAACUACAAGCGGAAUCGCCACUACCAGCUCAAUCCGGAGACAGCCUACCUGCUGCAGGACGAUGGCGACAGCGAUGUGCGCGACGACGAGGACGAUGUGAUUCCCGAAGAGGAGGAGGACGAGGAUGCCGAGGCGCUCGAGGCACGUGGCGGCGACCAGCUGGGCGAGGGCAUAGGCGCCUCCAUGCACGACUACGGACAGCGGCGCCGCAAUAUGGCGGCCAUGAAGCAGAGCACGCCCAGCACCCCCUCGCCCGUGUGCGCAAAUCCUUCGGCAACGCAGCAACAGCAGCAACAGCAGCAACAGCAGCAGCAGCAGGCACCGCUCCAGCAGCGCAACUCCACCGACUCGAUGGAGCACUCGAACAGCUCCACCAACUCGCUGGACAGCCCCUCCCAAGGCGGCUCGAGCACACACCAUCGCUACUACCAUGUGUUCCGCGAGGGCGAGCUGGACGCGCUGAUCAACCAUCAUGUGGCCAGUCUGCAUAUCGUGAGCUCCUACUACGAGCGUGCCAGCUGGUGUGUGGUGGCCGAAAAGGUUCAAGUGUGGACCAUUUAAGCUUCUAAACUCCUCCCCUACCCUCCCCACCCCUCCAACAAUUGAUUCUCUCUGAUGCCCCCAAUGGAAUUGUUAAAUUUAGUCUCUUAACUCUAGUAAACGCAAAAUUGAGGCGGGGAAACCCCUUACAAAAAACUAGGCACUAAUUUACCGGUAGGCAACUCGCGCUUUUCAGAGUUGCCAGGCCUGCUCAAGAACGGCAGGGUUGCACUGCAUUGAAAUCAAAUUUCAAAAAUAAAAAACCAAAACCACUUAGCUAUAAGCCAACGAAGAGGAAAACAACGCAAACAAAAAAAUAUACAUAGAUACAUACUAUAGGGAUCUUGAAACAUCUACGCGUAAAUCUAUUUACAACGAGCAUCAGUUCUGCGCUAUUCUCAGACUCAGUUCCCGCGACACUUUUAGCACUUUAUCAUUUCCGAUCAACUAAUCAUCAAACGUCCAUACGAAACUUGACAUACCUACAAAAGAAAGUUACAUAUAUACUCAUACAGAAUAUACAUACAUAUAUAGAGCAAAGAAAGAAUGUAAUGUACCCAUCUAACCGAUAUAAAAAAAAUAAUUAUAGCAGCCCAUAACUAACGAAGUAAUAUCAAUACCUGCAUUUAAAGGACAGAGAAAACCCAUACAUACAAACAAUACAUACUCGUAUAUUCCAAUGCAAAGGAAAUCAAAAAGGAAAUACUCGAAACGAAUACUCGUAUAACUGCAACGCCUACCCUACCUACCACUAUACCGCGAUAAUAUUUUCAAUCUAUUUUCUGUACGCUUCUUUUAAAUUUCUUUAAUUAGUAGAAGCUAAUGAACACACUUCCCCAAAAACGGCCAAUAAAAACGAAUGUAACAUAAGCUUAUGCCUAAAUUAAACAUUUUUUGUCUACUUAAGUGCUGUUAUUUUUGAAAAAUAACACAGACAUUUUCAAUAAAUGGUAUUUAUUAUAUACAUACAUAAUACCUGUCCUAUAUGCGACUGUAAAUGUGUUUUUUAGGUAGCAACAAAAAGAAAACGAAAAACUAACUUUAUACCACGAAUAGAACAAUUUAAUUAUUAAUAACGAAUGUUGGACGAAACUCUAAAUCACUACUGCUCGAAAUGCUGAAACAUUACAAAUAUUUGAUUAGUAUUACUGGAAAUUAUUUAUAAUUUGCACGAAAGCCCCCACACACACACAGACACAGAAACGUAACAACCAAACAACCAACCAACCAACCAAGAGACACAACAGCACCGGCUAAAACAGAGGAAUACUAUCAAAAAUAUUCAAUAGUAAUAAUUUGUUAUGCAUAAACAACAUUAAAUAAACGAAUUAUA